GCGGGGCCCCAGUCGCCGCGCUGCGUUAGAGCCGCGGAGAAGUUUGGGCGUCGGGCAGAGAGAGAGAGAAAGAGGCAGAGACACAGGCAGAGGGAGAAGCAGGCUCCAUGCAGGCAGCCCGAUGGGGGACUCCACCUGGGACCCCAGGUCAUGACCUUUGCAGAAGGCAGACGCUCAACCGCUGAGCCACCCAGGAACUACCUGGGGGUGCCUGGGUGACUCAGUCGGUUAAGCAUCUGCCUUCAGCUCAGAUCCCAGGGUCCUGGGAUCCAACCCCGAGUAUGAGUGAUUUCAGUGAAGAAUUGGUAAGGUCCAAGACAGAGGAUGAGCAAGAGGAAUCAUGCAUGUUCUCUGGUACAGGAAUGUCCUUUCCUUGGCUCCAGAAGCAUAUAGAGACUGUGGCAACUGGAGGGAAAAAGGAGAAGGAUUUUGCUCAGACAACAAGUGCUUGUUUGAGUUUUAUUCAAGAAGCUCUGCUGAAGCACCAGUGGCAGCAAGCUGCAGAAUACAUGCACAGUUAUUUUCAGAUCUUGGAAGAUUCAGAUAGCUACAAGAGGCAGGCCGCACCUGAGAUUAUUUGGAAGCUUGGAAGUGAAAUUUUGUUUUAUCAUCCCAAAAGCAACAUGGAGACUUUCAAUACCUUUGCUGACAGGAUGAAGAAUAUUGGUGUCAUGAAUUACUUAAAGAUCUCCUUACAACAUGCAUUAUACCUUCUGCAUCAUGGAAUGUUUGAAGAUGCAAAUAGAAAUCUCAGUCAUGCGGAGACGUGGAGAUAUGGUGAAAAGUCAGCUUCCCAGGAAGUGUUAAUCAAUCUUAUUCAGGCCUAUAAAGGGCUUUUGCAGUAUUAUACUUGGUCUAAAAACAAGAUGGAAUUGUCUAGGCUUGAUAAAGAGGAUUAUGCUUACAACACAGCAUUCCAGAAUAUGCUCAGCCACAGCGGGAAGAUGUCUGUAAACCUUUGUGCAUUGAUUCAAACUCCUGGAGUUUGGGACCCUUUUGUGAAGAGUUAUGUAGAGAUGAUGGAAUUCUAUGGAGAUCGAGAUGAAGCCCGAGAGGUACUCAACAAUUAUGCCUAUGAUGAAAAGUUCCCAUCAAAUCCAAAUGCUCAUAUCUACUUAUACAACUUUCUAAAGAGAGAGAAGGCACCGAGAGAGAAACUGAUAAGUGUGCUUAAGAUUUUGUAUCAGAUUGUACCAUCUCAUAAACUGAUGUUAGAAUUUCAUAGGUUACUGAGAAAAUCAGAAAAAGAAGACCACCAUAAACUGGCAUUGGAGGUAUUAUUUGGAGUCUUAGAUUUUGCUGGAUGCACGAAAAAUAUAACUGCUUGGAAAUAUUUGGCAAAAUAUCUGAGACAGACUUUAAUGAAGAAUCACCUUGCUUGGGUUCAAGAAGAAUGGAACUCCAGGAAAAACUGGUGGCCAGGCUUUCACUUCAGCUUCUUUUGGGCAAAAACCAAUUGGAAAGAGGAUAAAGCUUUGGCUUGCGAGAAAGCUUUGGUAGCUGGACUAUUGUUAGGAAAAGGUUGCAGGUAUUUUCGAUAUAUUUCCAAGCAAGAUGAUCAAGUCAUAAAGAAAAAAAUUAAGCAGAUAAAGAAAUCAGUGAAAAAAUACAGUAUUGCAAAUCCCGGACUGUGAUCUUGAAUAUUAGUUAUCUCAGAAGAUAGCCACAGAAUAGUAGCUCUGCGGGUAAUUAUUGAAUGCAUUUAUUUACUUUAUGUUUCUAGGAGGUCAUUUAUAUGGCUACAAAAAAGUUAUUUUUAUAUUUUUCUAUAUUUUAUUAUAAUUGUAGCUAAAGAAACAGUCUCACCGCCUUUGUCCUUUGUAAAUACAUUUUUCUUUUUUUUGUACUGUGAAAUAUAUUUAUUAAAGAAUAACUCCCACGUAAGAAAUAUAUUUGUUUAAUCAGAGAAUACAGUUACAGAGCAGUUAUUGCCAUUUCCAGAUAAUUUGCUUCUCUUAUGUAAUAAAACAUAACUUGUAGUAUUAAGUGAAUCUGUAUUCUU